GUAACACCGGCGGUACUGCGGACUCGGUCUUUGCCGGAGCACUGCUGCACGUCGGUUGUUGUGGGAGCAGGACGGAAAUUAUCGGUCUCGUUUUCCGUUAUUACCAGUUCAGUCUCUUCGAGGCUGAAUAAAGAGACACGCUGGAAGUAACCGGGGACCCGCGAAUAUCCACGCGGCAGGGAUGCUUCUUGACUGGCGGCAGGUGUGAAGAGAUGGCGGGGGAGCCUCCGGUUGCCACCGGCCGGGUGGUGCUGGUCAAGAAGAUCGUGAUGAAGGACGGAGCGGUGCCCCAGCAGGGCAUUGGCAGACCCAGUGUGUACCAUGCAGUGGUGGUCAUCUUCCUGGAGUUCUUUGCCUGGGGUCUACUCACCACUCCGAUGCUCACUGUUUUACAUGAAACAUUUCCUCAGCACACGUUCCUGAUGAACGGACUCAUCCAGGGUGUGAAGGGUCUGCUGUCCUUCAUGUCUGCUCCUCUGAUCGGAGCGCUGUCAGACGUUUGGGGCCGACGGUCCUUCCUGCUGAUCACAGUCUUCUUCACCUGUGCUCCGAUCCCACUCAUGAGGCUCAGCCCCUGGUGGUACUUUGCCAUGAUCUCCAUGUCCGGAGCGUUUUCCGUCACUUUCUCCGUUAUCUUUGCCUACGUUGCAGAUGUGACGGAUGAGAGAGAGCGAAGUACGGCGUAUGGUUUGGUGUCAGCCACCUUUGCUGCCAGCCUGGUGACGAGUCCCGCCAUCGGAGCGUACCUGUCGGCCUGGUACGGAGACAACCUGGUGGUUCUCUUAGCCACACUUAUUGCCCUGGCUGACAUCUGCUUCAUCCUGCUGGCCGUUCCCGAAUCUCUGCCAGAAAAGAUGAGGCUGAAUACAUGGGGGACACCCAUCUCUUGGGAGCAGGCCGACCCAUUUGCUUCUCUGAGGAAGGUGGGUCAGGACUCCACCGUCCUACUGAUUUGUAUCACCGUCUUCCUGUCCUACCUGCCGGAGGCCGGACAGUACUCCAGCUUCUUCCUCUACCUGAGACAGGUGGUAAACUUCUCCUCCACGACCAUCGCUGUUUUUAUAGGAGUAGUGGGAAUUCUGUCUAUAGUAGCCCAGACUCUGUUCCUCACUCUGCUGAUGAGAUAUCUGGGAAACAAGAACACGGUUCUCCUGGGAUUGGGCUUCCAGAUCCUUCAGCUGGCCUGGUAUGGCUUUGGAUCAGAACCAUGGAUGAUGUGGGCGGCUGGAGCUGUUGCAGCAGUGUCCUCCAUCACCUUCCCUGCUGUUUCUGCUCUGGUAUCCCAGUCAGCUGAUCCUGAUAAACAAGGCGUCGUUCAAGGAAUGAUCACCGGGAUCCGAGGGCUGUGCAAUGGUCUGGGCCCGGCGCUGUAUGGGUUCAUCUUCUUCCUCUUCAAUGUAGAGCUGAACACCAUGGACCCCAUCCAGGGCGAAUACAACAUUGACCCACUGCCUCUGCACAGUCCUACUGAGCAAGCGCUUAUCCCGGGGCCGCCCUUCCUGCUCGGAGCGUGCACCGUGGUCAUCGCUUUCCUCGUGGCUCUCUUCAUCCCUGAGAAAACGUCCUGCUCCUCCUCAGCCUCGGAGCUGUCGGUGAGCGAUAAGCCCCACCCAGACAGCAAGCAGUCAAUGUCCUCGUUGGCCGGCGUCCACAUCAACACGCCGCUUCCCGGCAGCGAUGAGGAGACUCCACCCACCGCCAGUGACGAAGACUUUGAGCCACUGCUGCACGACAGCAUCGUCUGAAGGAUGUGUGGUGUUUUGUUCCGAAGAGAAGUGGAACUCUUUUGGCCCUACGGUGGGACUAGAUGUACUUUUGGACCCGUUUUGUACUCAGUGUGGGGCUGACAUCUUAAUUCAGCUACAGUCAGAGUCAACGUUAUCAUGUGACCUUAAGGAAAGGGGCUGUGAUGUAAUGACGUGAUUGGACUGAAGGACUGCGGAGCCAACUGAAAUGGACUCCAUUAUUUUAUUCACAAGUCGGGGACCAACUGUGUUUCUGUGUGGUUUAAAUCUGGGUUUUCGGGAUGUCCCAAUAAUGAAAGUACUUUAGAAGUUUUACGGGACACUUUUAGGUUCUUGUGAUGAACAUGUUUUGUUCCACUUUUUCAUUUUGAAGCCGUUUCAUUUGGUUUUUGUAAAAUCCAACAAAUAAGGCAGCCCCAACUUCUGCGUGUAUUUGAGGUUUUUCUUCUGAUCCAAACGAACACCAUCUAACCUAAGGGUGGGCAGUCCUGGUCCUUUAGAGCGGCUAUCCAGCAGGUUUUAGUUGUUUAACUGCUUAAACACACCUGGUUUGAUUUACAUGCUGCUGCAGAACGGGUGAUUCAUCCAGGAAUCAGGUGUGUUGGAGUAGGGAAACAACUAAAACAUGCUGGAUAGCAGCUGUCGGUAAUCAGGUGUGUUGGAGUAGGGAAACAACUAAAACAUGCUGGAUAGCAGCUGUCGGUAAUCAGGUGUGUUGGAGUAGGGAAACAACUAAAACAUGCUGGAUAGCAGCUGUCGGUAAUCAGGUGUGUUGGAGUAGGGAAACAACUAAAACAUGCUGGAUAGCAGCUGUCGGUAAUCAGGUGUGUUGGAGUAGGGAAACAACUAAAACAUGCUGGAUAGCAGCGGUCGGUAAUCAGGUGUGUUGGAGUAGGGAAACAACUAAAACAUGCUGGAUAGCAGCUGUCGGUAAUCAGGUGUGUUGGAGUAGGGAAACAACUAAAACAUGCUGGAUAGCAGCUGUCGGUAAUCAGGUGUGUUGGAGUAGGGAAACAACUAAAACAUGCUGGAUAGCAGCUGUCGGUAAUCAGGUGUGUUGGAGUAGGGAAACAACUAAAACAUGCUGGAUAGCAGCUGUCGGUAAUCAGGUGUGUUGGAGUAGGGAAACAACUAAAACAUGCUGGAUAGCAGCUGUCGGUGUUUGAAUUUGGUGAUUAUAUCAUGCUCUAACUCCAGACAGAAGCUUUGACUCAAACUCAUUAAAAACAAAAAAACAGACUUCCAGAUGAUUUAGGGAAAAAAAUCCUACCUGAGACCUGGAUAAGAUGUUUUUGGCUUCACCACUUGAAGGUGCUCUACCUCUUUGCUUUAAUUUCUCCCUCUUUUUAAAUAAAAGUCACUUUAUCAGAGUGCUGCUAGCAGUGGAAAGUCCUCUCACCUCAGUCUGCAUGUCCGCAUUCACUUUUAAUUUUUCAUCUCAAACACAGACUGCGUUCUUUUUUAAUGUGUUUGCUUGUUGGUGUUUUCUGAGGUUUUUUCCUGACAGCAGUCAAUUUUCUGUGAAUUAACUCAAACUUGAAAGUGUACUGGUCUUUAACUGCCACCGAGUGUAAAUGGUUGCCUCCUGAGUCUUAUAUGUAAAUGCACUUUGAAUUAUCGGAUGGUUUGUAUUUAAUAUAAAGUCACUUUAACAUCCGGCUCAGUUUGGUCAGAGCAGUCCGUUUUUAUUCACGGAUGGUUCCCAAGGACUUCUCAGGAACGUGGAAAUCUCCACGCACGUGGGCAACAUUAAAGACACGCGCGGAGAUAAAGCCGAGCGUGAGCUGUGUUGUUUUUGGAGACUGCGCUACAUUAUUUUUUUCAUUUGUGCGUGUCCUCAUAACCGCCUUCGCAGCAGAGGACGGAGUGAGGGACACACAGCUCUCCUCUCCUUCCCACUGUCUGCCGCCGCGCUAGAGCAGGGGCGUCAUGCUACACCUGAGAUGUUUACUCGACAGCAGCCGGAAUGAAAUUGAAUCGCACAUGCGGGAAGCUCACGCUGGCUGAUUCUACUCGCCAAUCACAGCUGGACCUCCGGGGAAGAGGUCUGAAAAAGGUCACCUCAGAAUGGAAAACACACGUAGGACCCAGAUGUGAAUGAUGUCAAUUUUUUUUCGAAAUCAGUUUAUUCAUUCAAUUAUUUGGACAUUUUCUUUGGAGCAGUAAGUUUUCUGUUGUUUUCAUGUAAAUAUUCAGUGUUUCCAGCCAGGCUUGGCAGCAGUAAGACUGGACGAACUUUGUAAAUGCUGUACAUGGUGUGGAUGUCUAGAAACGAGAUGUAUAUGGGGUUCAGUUUUGUCUUGUCUGGUGGUGUACCAGCCAUUUAAGUAUUAGGUAUUAAAUAUUACAACCACUGUUA